AUGGCUGCCGUGCAAAAAAUCCAACUUGCAGAUGACUUUUCCGUCUACGCAAACCCCGCAGCAAAGCUCGAGGUCGAGUUCAUCUACAAGGAAAUCUUCGUCGAUGGGUGCUACAACAACGCGUCGAUCCCCGACGACGCCUUCAUCGUCGACGCCGGAGGCAACAUUGGCAUGUUCAGCCUUUUCAUGAAGAAGAAAUAUCCGCAAUCGACUAUCCUCGCUUUUGAGCCUGCGCCGGCUACCUUUUCCACCUUUCAGCGCAACAUGGAGCUGCACGGUGUUUCUGGGGUGCAGGCCCAUCAAUGCGGGCUCGGCAAGGAGAACGCCAGCAUGGCCCUGACCUUUUACCCGCAGAUGCCUGGCAACUCGACGCUAUACCUAGAGGACAAGAAGAACCAGAUGAAGUCUAUCGACAAGGAGCACCCCAUCGCCAAGCUCAUGCAGGAGACGGAAGAGGUGCAGGUGGACGUGAAGCGGCUGUCCGAAUUCCUCGACCGCGUGCCGGACCUGAAACGCGUUGACCUGCUCAAGAUAGACGUCGAGGGUGCUGAGCUGGACGUGCUGAAGGGUCUGGACGACAAGCACUGGAACCUGAUUAACAAUAUUGUGAUCGAACUUUGCGACAGCAAGAGCGAGUUCGCCAUCACCAAGGCACUGCUGGAAUCGAAAGGGUUCACGGUUGCGAUAGAACGGCCUGACUGGGCACCCGAAGACCUCAAGAUGUACAUGUUGAUCGCGAACAGACGCUAA